CUGAGGUGCGACUGGGACUGCCGCUGCCGCCUAGCGGGUUUAGCUAAGCAGCAGCGGCUGAGGCGGCGUCCCUGGCGCCGGGAGAGCGAUGCCUUGAACAGGAAACUAUGUGAAGCAAAACUUUCUGAAUCCUGAAAGACACCAUUUCACCAUGGGACAGCAAAUUUCGGAUCAGACGCAGUUGGUUAUUAACAAGUUACCAGAAAAAGUAGCAAAACACGUCACCUUGGUUCGAGAAAGUGGCUCUUUAACUUAUGAAGAAUUUCUUGGGAGAGUAGCUGAACUCAAUGAUGUAACUGCUAAGGUAGCUGCUGGCCAGGAAAAACAUCUUCUCUUUGAGGUACAACCUGGAUCUGAUUCCUCUGCCUUUUGGAAAGUGGUUGUACGCGUGGUCUGUACCAAGAUUAACAAAAGCAGUGGUAUUGUGGAAGCAUCUCGGAUCAUGAAUUUAUACCAGUUUAUUCAGCUUUAUAAAGACAUCACAAGUCAAGCUGCUGGAGUGUUGGCUCAGAGCUCCACCUGUGAAGAGCCGGAUGGGAACCCAUCCUCUGUAACAUCUUGUCAGGCUAGUCUGUGGAUGGGCAGGGUGAAGCAGCUGACAGAUGAGGAGGAGUGUUGUAUCUGCAUGGACGGCCGAGCUGACCUCAUCCUGCCCUGUGCUCACAGCUUCUGUCAGAAGUGUAUUGAUAAAUGGAGUGAUCGGCACAGGAACUGCCCCAUUUGUCGCCUACAGAUGACUGGAGCAAAUGAAUCGUGGGUAGUGUCAGAUGCACCGACCGAAGAUGACAUGGCUAACUAUAUUCUUAAUAUGGCUGAUGAGGCAGGCCAGCCCCACAGGCCGUGACUAGGGGAAGACUUGUUAUUGUGAGCUACAGACACACUGUGGUCAUAGAGGGGGAGUAGAGGGAUUGUGGCACACAGGAAGAUCAGUUUCCCCACCCUCUUAUUUUGCUACUCUGAUAAUAGUCCCAUUUGUAAAUAAACUCUCAUGUCUUCCAUGUAGGGUGGGCUACACUUUGCUACUGAUUGGCCAUAGUCCCCACUGCCCACCUGUUCUGUAUUGCUCUUGAUCCCUUUGCUACAGAUAGCAGAAAUACUUGAUAUUACUACUUUUCAGGGAGGGGGUGUUUUUAGCUAGGUUUAAAAUUUAAGGUGUUGAAAGUUGUAACCAUCUGAGAUAAACGACCGAAACUAAUGUCUCA